UAACCGACUCGAAGAUGUCUGUGAACGUCGCUUCGUAUUUUCAAUGUGCACAUCGAGCGCAAUGGCGCUCGAAAAUUUGUACUGAUGAGUAGACUCGACCUAACCCAACCCUAGUCUGAUGCGAUCUGACGCGCUCCUCUAACCAAAGCUCAAAGCUGUUGUGUCUUUUGUCUUGUAACCGGAAACGCGCGCGCGGAAGCGUCCUGCUUGCGGUGAAAGAGCGCAGCUGAUAGGAACUUUAAAUCCACGCAUGAGCAGCUACCUCAAAGUCUGCGGAGAACGGUAACGAGCUCUGACAUAAGCGAUCAUAUGUUACACACAUGUACUGUGUAAAUAUCUGAUCUCUUCGUGAGAUCAUCUUAUAUCGCGUCAUCUUAGAAACGUCCUAGGAUUAUGGACGGAUUGUGGCGAUUUCAGCGAUCAUUCAACAAGAAUAUCGUUACUUCUCUUUAUCGGUUUACCGCACUUUUACCCAGAACAUUUUCUGUUUCGACAAUACGAGCAAGUCAACAACAACAACAACAACAAGAAUCGAUAGAGAACAACUGCAACAAUCGGCCGGACAAGAAAAAAGUCGCAAUUGACGAGGCAACAAUCAGAAAAAUCGAAAACCUGGCGCUGGUUGGUUUCGAGUACGAGCACAGCAAACGCGUUCUGGAAGAAGCGAUAGCGUUUGCCGAGCGAUUGAGAAAGGUACAUAUCGACGAGUCGGUGCGUCCGCUUUACAGCACUCUGGAGAACGAUUUUAUCCGAUUGCGAGAGGACGUUGCGCGAAACGAUGUUAGUCGGAAAGAGAUAUUGAAGAACGCCGCGGUGCUAGAAGAGGAGUACUUUGUAGCGCCUUCGAAAGGGAGCAACACCGAUUCAGGAUGAUGAAUUUGGAAACCGUACUGAGG